AUGUUUAUUAAUAAUAAUAUACCUCCAGAAGAUCGAGUUAAACAUGAAAAUCUAUUAAUUUCAGCAAUAAUACCAGGUCCUAAUAGUCCAAAAAAUUUAAAUAGCUUUAUGUAUCCUAUUAUUAGCGAAUUAAAAGAACUUGAAGAAAAUUUUAAUUUGCGUGCUUUUGUUCCAAUAUGGUGCAGAGACAUAUCUGCAAUUAGCAAACUAAUGAAUAUAACUGAACAUAAUAGAUAUAUGGGCUGCAGAUUUUGUGAUAUCAAGAGAACAACUAAUUCAGAUGCAGGUGUUAAUCAUGUAUACUUUCCUCUAAAGCAUCCAAGUAAAAAGAGCGAAGAUUCUUCUCCCUCAGCACCACCUAAAAAAUAUCACUUGCAACAAGUUAUUUGGAUUGAAGAUGAUGAAGAAGAACUAUAG